AUGAGACAUAGAGCGAGAGAGGUAGAGUUACUAUGCAAAAUUGGACUUCAUGAUCUUAGGAACGACUAUGCUUUUGAGGUUACUGACGAGGAAGAAUACUUUAGACACUUUAAUCAUGAGCUUGAGAUUGUAAGGAACGUUUUAUUAUCAAAGAAAAGGCGGCAUCUAGGAGUUUUGGAAUGA